CAGCCCCUCAUUUCCGCAUACAGCCUGUUUACAAGAACACGGCGCAGUGAGAGAUCUUUCCUGGUGAGGUUAUUUAACUAUCUGGAGAUAUUGAGAUGUUAAAGAUUCCAUAUUCUGGACUGUGUGGCAAGAAAUAUACUACGCCAUUAUCUCACUUUAGAGCAUUUAAGAGCAACCAAUUGUAAGAAAUGCAGCCUGUCUUGGAGAUGGCUGAGUCAGAAAGCUUUUCCUUUUGCUCCACUGCUGGCAAUGCUGUAAGGACCCGUCAGGCAGGCCUCUCCUUCUAGGGGUCACCCAGCGCUUACUGGAGCAGCCGGGCGGGAGCAGCAGCCAUGAACGCCCAUGGCGCGGUGGCCACACUGCUGCAGGACUGUGAGCGCUCGCUGGCCGCGCUGCUGUCAAGUAAGGCAGACAUCCACGAGGAAGAGGAGCGGGAAUACCGGCGGCACCAAGCGUUGCUUCCCGAUGACUUGAGGACCCUUCUGGAGGAGGCGAAGGAAAUGAAGUGGCCCUUUGUGCCAGAGAAAUGGCAGUACAAGCGAGAUGUGGGCCCAGAGGACAAAACCAACCUGCAGGAUACAAUUGGCGCCAGGCUCCCCGAUCUACUGGUUUAUUUGAAAGCCUCCAUCAUGGUCAAGGAUUGUGUGACAGCAGCUGCUAUUGUGUUCUUGAUUGACCGGUUCCUGUACUGGAUUGAUGCCUCAAGCAAACUCCUGAAGAUCGCCAAGGGCUUACACAAGCUGCAGCCCACCACACCGAUUGGUCCUCAGGUGGUCAUCCGCCAGGCUCGCCUUGCUGUCAACACAGGUAAACUUUUAAAAGCUGAAUAUAUCCUCAGCAGCCUUAUUAAUGACAAUGGAGCAACAGGUACCUGGCAAUAUGCUAAGGAAAGUGAUAGGAUCCUUGUUCAGUCAGUCUGCUUACAAAUCAGAGGACAGAUUUUGCAAAAGCUAGGGAUGUGGUAUGAGGCAGCAGAGUUAAUUUGGGCAUCAGUAGUGGGAUAUUUCAAACUUCCUCAACCAGAUAAAAAGGGAAUUGCUACUUCCUUGGGUAUUCUGGCAGAUAUAUUUUCUUCCAUGAAUGAGAAGGAUUAUAUACGUUUUAAAACCAAUGCUGAGAUUAACCUGAGCCUUCUCCGGGAGUUCAGCCAUCGCUUACUAUCAGCUGCUGAAGCCUGCAAAUUAGCAGCAGUCUACAGCCAGUAUACCCCGCUGUUUGUGCUCACAGCUGUGAACAUCCGCGGAGUGUGUUUGCUGUCCUAUAGUCACUCCAAGGACUGUCCCCCAGAAAGGAGAAAGUUCUACUUGUCUGAAGCCAAAGAAUCCUUUGAGAUUGGCCUCCUCACCAAGAACGAUAACAGUCGUGUCACCAGCAAGCAGGAGCUCCACAGUUUUAUAAAAGCUGCUUUCUGCCUUGCAACUGUGCAUCGAUGGCUCUAUGGGGAGAGUGAGAAACUCCAUGAGGUUGAUCAAAUUUGCAGAGAAGCCAUGGCAAAACUGCAUACCUACAGCACUUCAGUUACAGAAGAGGAAGAGAAAGGAGUGCUUGCGGAAGAGAUCAUGUAUCUGAUCACAUCUGUUAAGAAGCUCCUACAAGUUGAAAGCUUUCCUAAUUCUGAUGCCAGGUCUUAUGUUCCAGACAGUUAUAAAGGGGCAGUGGAAAAACCUGUCCUGCAAGGGGAAGCCAACUUCGAGAAAAUCCUUGACAUGAAUUCUCAGCAUCAUCUGUCAGUGUGUGAAGUGUUUAAAAAUCCUUGCAGAUCUAAUAAAAACACACCAGGAGAAACCCACAUGGGAGCCUGUAUCACAACGUUAAAAACAGAAACCAAAAAUACAGACAUCAUGUGUACCACUGAAGACAUAGUAUACCAGAGGAAGGGUGCUGGAAAAAUGGUUAGUACACCAAAAGUGGGAAGUAGCUCAGAGAAGCUCAGUGGCCAAACAAGAAACAAACAGAGCGGUUCUAAUGUGAGGAAUAAUUCCACUGAAAAAGGGAUUGAAUCAUUAGAAAGAGUAAUCACUGAUGAAAACUAUGUUUUCAACAGAUGGCAAAACAGGAGUCAAACCACUUCUUCAGAGAAUGCUUGGUGCAAGCUGUCACUAUCAAGUUGCUCUUCCAGCUGGGAGGAACUAAACUGUAAUAGCAGCAGUGAAGGGCAGCAGCAAGAAAAGGGCUCCGUGGAGGAGCAAUGUUGCACAACAGAAACAGACGAAAAUGAUCAAGCUGCUUACUUGCACUCAUUGCCUCCCAGAACUCAGUAUACUUCUCCUCGAGAGCUUCCAUAUAGUUGUUUGAGGUCGCCUCAGCCUUUCUUAGAGGUAGACACAGCCCUAGCUAGAAUGCUUGGGGAGAAGUCUUCUCUUGGGGGAGCAGAGCUGUGGGAGGGAAAGAACUCUUCGAGAAGGAAAGCAGAGGUGAAUAACACAGACUUAGAGAACAACGCGGUUCCUUCCCUCACCGCUCCUUCCUCUUAUCCUGCCAGGAUGGAGGAGGAGGAGGAGGAGGAGGAGUGUUCUUCCUCCUCCUGGGCGGAGCUGGAGCCCUGGGUGAUGGCCGCCCGACCGAUGGGCGCAGGCUGCAGCACCACGGACAGCGCCGGGGCGGGCCACUGCCUCUUCGGGACGGCCGCGGGCGCAGCCCCAGGUCCCCCGUCCCAAAACAGCUAUGUGAGACGGGACCCGGGGGGAGGAACCGUAGACAGCACGGAGGACCCCUCGCCCGACGUCAGACAUCCCACGAAUGGCGCUGCUGCUUCAAGAUCUACAGGCAAAGAGCCAAAACCGGCCAGUAGCUCCUCCGUGCAUGAGUGGCUGAGGAAACCUCCAGGCACGGUUGGGGACAAAUCUCUAAAAGUGCUUGAUGUUGACCCCCAAGCAGAAACUAUAGAUGACACUGAAUUCGAUUUCAUCAGUAUUGGAGAGUUAGUAAACUAUAAUCCCAAAGUGACUGCUCCAGAGCUUCAGGUGGCUCCAGGUGCACCAACAGCUUUGCCUUUGCAGGGAAACAGGUCUGUAACAAAACACUUUGAUUGUGCUACUACUGAAGAAGAAGAGGAAAAGCCUCAGAGCAGCAAGAGACCAUUCAGUUCAUCUCUAAGUCCAUGGCACAAUUCAGCUCAGAUGCCCAACAGGUCCUAUGAAGGUCCAUUUCUAAACCCAAGGGGGAGUGGUCUUGUCUUCUCACUUGGGAAAACCGAGGAAGAAAUCCUUGAUGCUCGGAUUCUGAGGGAUGAUGACUAUGUACAGCUUCUGGCAGGAGUAGAACAUAACUGGCUUGUCCAGAGACUGAUGCCAACUGGAAUUUUCAAGUCUAAGCAGCUCCAUAAAGCAUACUCUGCUCUUCUUUUGAAAUACUCAAAAAAAUCGGGCCUCUGGACAGGCCAGGAAACAUCUGUAUUCAUUGGGGACUACUUGAAUGUGGCAAAAGAAGGCAAACAGAGAAAUGCAUUUUGGAUACACUUCCUGCACCAAGAGGAAAGCUUGGGAAGGUAUGUUGGGAAAGAAUACAAAGAAGAAAAGGGGCUUCUUCAUCAUUUCAGUGAUGUGGAACGACAAAUGACUGCCCAAUACUACGUGACAGAAUUCAACAAAAGGCUGUAUGAGCAAAAGGUCCCUACACAAAUCUUUUAUAUCCCCUCUGCAGUACUUCUGAUACUGGAAGACAGAACAAUAAAAGGAUGUGUGAGUGUGGAGCCCUACAUCCUUGGGGAGUUUGUGAAGCUGUCUAAUAACACAAAGGUAGUCAAGAACGAGUACAAAGCCACAGAGUAUGGUCUGGCCUAUGGCCAUUUCUCCUAUGAGUUCUCCAAUGGAACGGAAGUUGUUGUUGACCUGCAAGGCUGGGUGACAGGUAAUGGGAAAGGCCUCAUCUACCUCACAGACCCACAGAUUCAUUCUCUUAAUAGCAAAGAUGUUUCACGCUCUAACUUUGGGAAGAGAGGAAUUUCUUACUUCUUCAACAAUCAACACAUGGAAUGCAAUGAAAUCUGCCGUUGCCUUUCUUUAACAAGACCCUCAGUAGAGACACCAAUGUAGACUCCCACAAGACAGCCAAACAGAGUAUGGCCCAUAAGCUGGGCAGUAUUUUAUCAUGCACACAAUUAGGAACACUUUGUCUUUGUGAGGACAGGGCCCCUGAGAUGACAUCCACGUAAGCACCUGCACCAGUCUGGGAAAUGUAGCAUACUGCCCAGUAUUACCAUGUUACCAUCUUGAGUAUUAUCUGAAACAUUUGUUCUUACAAUGAUCUGUGAGACUUAACAGAAGAAGAUAAAAGAAGGAAGAAAACAGCCUCUGAAAUUCAGCUGGAGAUGUACUACAAGACUGUACAAACCUCUAAUGCAUCUACAGAUCCAGUCAGGGCGAUAGGCACCAUCUACUCUUUGGAAAUGGAGUACGAAACAGAGUGAGACAGAGGCAGAGACCUGUGUGACAGCCAUCUGUAAAAUUCACAGAAAGUUGUACAAAUGAGUCAAGGAACAAAUGGUAAAGUUUGGGGCUGAUUAAAAAAAAUAAAAACAA